AACAAGGACCCCCUGAACGAAACUGUCAUUGGGUUGUACCAAAAGUCAUCUGUGAAGACACUGGCCUUACUGUUUGCCACAUACGGUGGAGAAGCUGAGGGUGGUUCCAAAAAGGGUGGCAAGAAGAAGGGUUCUUCUUUCCAGACAGUCUCCGCUCUUUUCCGCGAGAAUUUAAACAAGUUGAUGACAAACCUGAGAAGCACUCACCCCCAUUUUGUACGCUGCAUCAUCCCAAAUGAAACAAAAACACCUGGUGCCAUGGAACAUGAGCUGGUGCUGCACCAGCUGAGAUGCAAUGGUGUGCUCGAGGGCAUCAGGAUUUGCAGGAAAGGAUUCCCCAGCAGAGUCCUAUAUGCUGACUUCAAACAGAGAUACAGAGUGCUUAAUGCGAGUGCUAUCCCAGAAGGACAAUUUAUGGAUAGCAAGAAGGCUUCUGAGAAGCUCCUUGGAUCCAUUGAUGUGGACCACACCCAGUACAGAUUUGGUCACACCAAGGUGUUCUUCAAAGCUGGGCUGCUGGGACUCCUGGAGGAGAUGAGAGACGAUAAGCUGGCUGAAAUCAUCACUCGCACACAAGCCAGAUGCAGGGGCUUCCUGAUGAGAGUGGAGUACCAGAGGAUGGUGGAGAGGAGGGAGUCCAUCUUCUGCAUCCAGUAUAACGUUCGUGCAUUCAUGAAUGUCAAGCACUGGCCCUGGAUGAAGCUGUUCUUCAAAAUCAAACCCCUGCUGAAGAGUGCAGAGUCUGAAAAGGAGAUGGCAAACAUGAAACAAGAGUUUGAGAAGACCAAGGAAGAGCUUGCAAAGUCUGAGGCAAAGAGGAAGGAGCUGGAGGAGAAAAUGGUUGUCCUAUUGCAGGAGAAAAAUGAUCUGCAGCUCCAAGUGCAGGCGGAAGCAGAUAGCUUGGCUGACGCUGAGGAAAGAUGUGACCAGCUCAUCAAAACCAAAAUCCA